GAUGCAUCGCCUUACCUUCGACCAGGGCUCCGCUGUUUUUCAGCGGGAGUAGGCGACGGUCAGCCCGUUUCAGAAGAGCGAGGCAUCGGGCGCCUUCCUCCUGGAGCCCGGCACCAUGGACCUGUCCUUCAUGGCAGCGCAGAUUCCGGUGAUGACGGGCGCCUUCAUGGACUCGUCUCCCAACGACGACUACAGCACCGACCACUCCCUGUUCAACUCGUCUGCCAGCGUCCACGCCGCCUCCAUGGUGGCUCAAAGCCCGCCUGAGGAGCCCCAGUCCAUGUCGCGCGACGCCAUCUGGCUCUGGAUCGCCAUCACCGCCACCAUCGGCAACAUCGUGGUGGUGGGCGUGGUUUACGCGUUCACCUUCUGAGACAGGAAGUGAUGGCAGGCGCUCAGUCAUCACCGCUGUGAAUUUUAUCCAGUGAAUGAAUGAAUGAGGGUUUAGUAGAUGUUCAUCAUGCGUCUUUAAUAGCGUACAUACAGUGAGUCUACUGUAUGAGGAGCACAGACUAUAAUUUUAUUAGAAAUGAUUUUAAAGGUCAAGGGUUAGAAGUGACAUGUUUCUGCAGUGAGGAGACGUACUGUUUCUACACUACAUCAUCAUAUCAUGCAUCAAUAUUUAAGGGAUCAACAUCAUUGAGGAUAUUAAAAUACUCUGUUUUCUUAGUAAAGUACUUAGAGAAACUGUCUUUGCUACUGGAGUAGCAACUUGAAUUGGUAUUUCUAUUUGUGGUGAAGUAUUUUUCUAGGGGAAUAUUUGAAGUUUACUUUUACAACCUCUGUCCACAGAGAUGUGAGAAUGUUCAGACGCCUCUAAAUGUCUAUAGCAACGUAAACUGUGAACUCUGUGAAGCCUCCUCUGAACUUUGACACUGUCCUUGUACAGAUUUCCACAUUCGAGUGCAAACAAAGGCUAGCGAUGUGUGACUGGUUGAAUGUGCGCCCAAAUCAGUGGGAGGGAAACUGAGGCUAAGGGUCGUUGAUGAGUUCUGCCCUUAGGCUGGGUUUCAUGUUUUUACCCUGUGGUGGAUCGUGACUUGCACAUUUUCCCGCCUCCCUAUAAAAUCUGCGUUGGAGUAUAAAUGUAAGCAACAUAAUGAAGCAGUUUGGACCCUCGGCCUGUCUCUAGCCAUAGUCCAUGUCCUCGCUCUGCUCAGGGCAUCAGCCAAAUUGUUUUCUAAGCCGAAUAAGCUGUUAUGAGCUCUUGGGUGAAAGUUGCCUGUUGCCAUAGUGACACAUCCCUCCACCCAUUCCCACUGUCUCACACCCACCUGCUUUAUGUCCCCCAGCCCACCUGACGUCUGCAACACAGGCCCGCUAUAAUCAGAAGGCUCCAAUACCGGAGUAACAGUAAGGCGUCCUGACCAUUAAUAGCAGUAAUUAAAGGAGCUAUGAUGCAACAUUGGGUGUUGUUUCUGCUCCGGGGCCAACGCUGACAGCUAGUUCCUGUGAAUUCACUGUUUGGCAUACUGUAUCGCUAGGUCUAGUGAAGUUGGAUCAAACAUAUGUCAGUAAAUGAGCCUCACCACUCUGACGCCUGCAGCCCAGACAGUGACCUCCUCAGUCAAACCCACCUAGUCCAGCUCCAGUGCAUGAUUGGGACGAUGCAGCAGCCUGGACACACAGUGGCUACAGGAUGAUGAAGUCAUGAAGUGACGUGCUGUUUAGGUGUCAGUGUGAUGCACCUGAGCAUUAGACCACAUUAUCAGUUGGCUCAGCUUAGACUAUAAGAUCAAAGAUGCAUGGCUCACAGCAUUAAGGCUGAUGAUGUGCUAAUUAGAGAAUUAAAGAAGCUCCCUGUCCAUUAAAAUGCUAAUGUGUGGAUAUACGUUAGUGGACAGUGUAAGUGCUGUCAAGAACAGUGUGUGUGUGUGUGUGUGUGUGUGUGUGUGUGUGUGUGUGUGUGUGUGUGUGUGUGUGUGUGUGUGUGUUAGAUCAUUUGUGAUGUACUAGCUGCACUAAGAAGGAAGCUUGAUUCAAUAUCUGUGGGAGCCGUGCAUGGUCACCAGCGGCUCUACUGUGGGUCGGGUAGCCUCCUUCCAACAUAGAACUACUGUAGUUACACAACCAAAGCAGCACAUAGUGUGUUUCUGUAAUACAGCUUUGUGACUUUGUCUGCUUUAUUCCUGUUUAGCAGCACAUUGGUGUGCUGGUCCACAGCGCCACCUACAGCGCAUGGCCAUGAGUGGGUUCAGUUGAAGUAAUUUGACUGUCGUGGCAGAUUGCUCUAGAUUCCAGAGGGAUCAAGGGAAACCGACCACAACACACCUCAGAUUUGUGAUGUUUUUAUAGUGACUCUGCUGUCCAACCUAUUUGAACUUCCCUCAGCACAGACAGCCAAUGCCUUCUUUAUUGGAGAAGUCAGAGUAGACACAACAACAUAUGUUUAGUGUUAAGAGGAUUCUCAUCAGGAUCACAGACCCCCACAGCAAAGUAGGUCUGCUCUAUGACUUGAAGCCAUGUUUAAGCUUCACAGGUGACUGGGUUGGUGACAUGUUCUACUGCAUAUAGUGUAAAAGGUUUUCCCUUGAACUGACACCGGUUGACAGUAUUUCAUCUGUUACAAAUCUUCUUCCUGUAUCUUACUGUAUUGGACUUCUGGCUUCCAGUUCAAAGGUUGUUGCAAUAUUUGUCUUAUUAUAAACACAAUAUUAGAAAAACUGGAUGCCUCCUGUACUUUACUAGUUCCGUCAUUUUGUAUCAAACAGUGUGAAUAAAUGUUAUAUAUUAAG